AUGAUAAGGCAGUCGAUACGUAGUGUGCAUAAUAUGCCCAAGGAAAUACCAUUCCAAGCUGUCCCUAGAGGUAAAUUCAACCCUAAAAGAUCGGCAUUCAAUUUCAAACCGAAACCAGUAGAAGGCUUAGUUCACAAUCCACCUGCUGCUAUACUAAAACCAUCCAUGCAAACACCAUACAUAUUCCUUCCACCAAAUGACCCCAGGCGAGAGCUUGCGAAACAAUAUCGACUUUCGGAAGAUGUUGUGGCUGAUAUGCCUGUAAUAAGAGCUUUCAAAGCACCACAUGAAAGAGAGUACACUGUGACGAAAGAGGUCGUUGAUCAGAUCAAGCAAUUGAGGAAGGAGGACCCAGAACGUUGGAACUUAAAAGAACUUAGUAAGAAGUUCGACAUUGAGUUGACAAAACUAGUGUAUUUUCUCAAAAGCGACUUGCAGAAAGUGAACAAGACACAGGAUGAGACAAAUGUACCCAAAUAUGUGUUAGAUAGAGAAAAGAGAAGACAAAUGUGGAUGAGGAAUAUAUAUUGA